AGAAAAAGUAGCUAAGAUGCCUCUUUCGGACUCGCUCUUCAAGCAGAUUAAACAGCUGAUUCCGCCACUGAACGGUACUCUACACAAGGGACAAUCGGGGAGGGUCGGAGUACUCGGGGGUGCACUUGAUUACACUGGCGCACCCUAUUUUGCUGCGAUCUCAUCACAGAGGCUGGGUGCGGAUCUGUCACACGUCAUUUGCUCCCCGACGGCGGCAGGCGCUAUCAAGGGCUAUGCGCCCGAUCUUAUUGUUCACCCCAUUCUUCGCGAGGAUAAGCCGCGCGAUUCCGUUAAAUCUGAACUCGACUCCUUACUGCGUCGGUUGCAUGUCCUAAUCGUUGGACCAGGGUUGGGACGGGAGGAUUAUAUGCAGGAAUAUGCCCGCAUUGCGGUUAGGCUCGCGCGAGAACAGAAGAUGUACCUUGUUCUUGAUGCGGACGCGUUGUUUUUGGUCGGAAACGAUCCGAAGGUGAUUAGUGGCUACGAGAAGGCGGUGCUUACCCCGAACGUUGUCGAGUUCAAGCGUCUGAGUGAGGCAGUGAACAUUGAUCCCUCGACUGAGCCAUCUAAACGCGCGCAGCUCGUGUCGCAACAACUAGGCGGCGUUACCAUCAUCCAGAAAGGCCCAGAGGAUCUCAUUGCCGUACACCCAUCAUCUCCAGGAGCUGAGCCUCAGACAACUACAGUUGACGUUCCUGGUGGACUCAAACGGUGCGGAGGACAAGGAGAUAUUCUCUCGGGCGCUGCUGGAACCUUCCUGGCGUGGGGUAAAUGCUUUGAGGACGGUGCAUGGGGCCCCACACCAGAUGACGCAGGGAUACCAGUGGCACAUAUCCCGUUCCUUGGUGCAACUGGCGCGUCAAUUGUUACUCGUACAAUCUCGAAAAGAGGAUUCAAGAAGAAGGGCAGGAGUUUGAUCACAGCUGACCUCAUCGACGAAAUUGGAGAUGCAUUUAUAGAAGUGUUUGGAGAAGAAGCGGGAAAAGGAAAAUUGUAGAAGUGAUUAAAAGGAUUAAUUGAUUGUGUAUAAUAAUGCCAUACUUAUACGAGAAGCAUUUGUGUAUUUUAA